CAUUCCAUAACUACCUGAGUCCUGAGGCUAGGUGAGGUGUUGAUGUGGUAACAUCCAUAAGGGUCCUACUGUGCCGCCGCGACGCAUCAACACCGUGGCGUAUUUCAGCUGAGCAUGGAAUGAUAUGAAAACCUUGAUUGAAGAAAAAGAGGCCGCCUCGUCGCAAGGCUGCGAGUUUACUCUUUGCCGACAUUCUUUGUUCCUCUUGCCACGGCUUGACGUCGUUCAUCGGUUUUUCGAAGAGCCAUUGUUUCAGGCAUGAUGAUUCGGCGUCUGUUUCCCUGCCCCGUGUCCUGAAACUCGUUCGUCAGCCUUGGAGGGUGACGUGACAUAGCCACGUUUGCUCCGUCUCACAGGCCGCGGGUGCGCUGCUUGGAAGAUGGGACGAGACACCGAGGCAUUGAGGGAAUUUGCUGCCAAGGACAUCGAGGCUAGUUCCUCCGAGGCUGAGAGCUUGGGAUAUGGAUACAGACGCCUUAUCGGUUAUCGGCUACCGCAAGGCGUGUAUCCGGUCUGGUCUGGCCAACAUUUCGGCUGAUGGCUAUGUCACAACUCACAAACGAUGUUGUACUGAGUGCGUGGCAUCCCGAUCGGAUUCCCUCGGUUUCUUCUCCUCUUCUGCCCGCUGAACGGCGUCAGGAAAACGGCGCAGACUCCGGGGAACGGGUAGUUGAGGAGGCGGUUGUCUGUGUGAAACGACAGGAAAAGAUUGACUGAUAGUACUGGUGAUAUUGCCCAAUUGUGCAAUGCUGGGAAGGAAGGCUUGCAGAUGACAAGCUUUGUAACGCUUGGUAACGUCCUGAGGCAACCUGCACAGUAUAUCCUGCCGUGCUUCACAUACUUACCUCAUCACAGGUGUGUUUAGCUGAGCAUGCCGUAUCGACAAUUCGCUCUCUUCCUCUGUGAUGGUACCUAAGGAUAGGCACCUAUACGUCUCGCUCGCUCUCGCUUCGACACACA